AUGACCACAGCGUCCCUGGGGACCACAGGGUUUGGAUCAGGCGCAAGAUCUACAAUUGACAUCAAGAUGCCAAAGUUCAAGGGAGACAUCACCCAGUUCGAGGAAUGGUCCAAUGCCUUCCAAGCCCUUGUACAUGAGACAAAUAAGUCCCCAGUGGAAAAGAUGGGCCUUCUCAAGGCCUCUCUGGAGGAUGAAGCUCGGCUUCUAAUUGCGGGAUAUGGGAACACGUGUGAGCACUACCUGGAAGCAUUGCGGGUCCUUGGAGAGGUCUAUGGUGACCCUGUUCUCCUGGUGGAAGCCCAACAGAGAGAGAUCGAAAAUCUGCCUAACAGAUAUGCUGAGCGCCUUCCCAAUCAAAACCGGUUGGUUGGGUUGAGCAGGUGGCUACUUGAACGGGUCAAGAAGCUGCGACGAUUCAACCAGAAUUUAGCGUGUGGAUCUGGCGCCAAGGAUAGCGCCCUAAGCUUAUCCAGGAGCAAUACAAAUGCUGCGUCGACGAGUUUGUGCUCCAAUUGCCAAGGUGGCCACAGAGCAGUGGACUGCUGCCUCUUCAAGGGCUUGCCUCUCUCGGAGAAAAUGACAUUGGUUAUGUCCAAGAACCUUUGCUUUGGUUGUCUGAGGCAAGGCCAUUCUUUGGCCAAGUGCCGUUCAAAGCAGAGGUGCGGGGCGGAUGAUUGCUCGAGACACCAUCACGCACUAAUACACAAGGCUGGUGAAAGAGAACCAAAGUCUGAGUUCGGCGGAAGGGCUUCCACCAACAGCUCCAGCACUGGCAUGAGCGUGGUCUUGGGCAUGGUGCCAGUAGUCUGUUUUGGACCAAAUGGGAGGGUUGUCCUUAAUGCUCUGAUUGACGAGGGCUCAGACACCACCUUCAUCAUGGAUAGUGCCUUGAAAAAGAUUGGUCACACCAGGGGCAAGGAGGGCAGACUGGUUGUGAACGGAGCAACAGGAUCCACCGAAUUCCGCUCCAGAAUGGUUGACGUGGAGGUUUCAGGGGCGGGUGGUGGCAAGUUCCAGAUUCGUGCCAGGUCGCAUCCCAAUGUGUGCCAGGGCCUCAGAGGUUCUUCUUGGGAAAUGGUCAAGGGCCGAUGGAACCAUCUGAGGAAUCUAGACCUCUCGACCAAUGAAGACAGGGUCCAAAUGUUGGUCGGUCUAGACAACGGACACCUGAUUGAACCCCUGGAAUUCCGACAUGGGUCGCCAGGUGAUCCAUACGCGUUCCGCACACACCUUGGUUGGGUGUGCCGUGGAAGCAUGGAAGACGGUCUGCAGUUAGACAAGAAAAUGGUUCACUUCGCCCAUGUGGCUGAUCACGACUCUGAGAUCACCAGGCUUGACGAGUGCUUACAUGAGUUCUUUGAGACUGAGUCCUAUGGCGCGGAAAGAAGAGAGAAUCAACCAUGCCAUUCCAUGCAGGACCAAUACGCACUGGAGAUGAUUCAGGGAGGAAUCGGGAAGUUGGAAAACAGUCCUGGUUAUGAAGCAUCUCUCCCAUGGGCACCAGGACUGGAGAAGCCUGCACGAUUCCAUGGGAGGAGUCUCAACGAUUCUUUGCUCACUGGGCCUUCACUUCAAUGCGAGUUACUGGACGUUCUCCUCCGGUUUAGAGAGAGGGAGGUGGCUGUCACGGCUGACAUUGAGGCCAUGUUCUCCAGAAUCAGCCUGAGGAAGGAGGACGCCAGGUACCACCGGUUCUUGUGGAGAGACUCGCCAGACAGAAACCUACAAACAUUGCAGAUGACCGGCGUGGUAUUUGGGGACUCCCCAUCUCCAUGUAUAGCCAUCAGCACACUCCACAGAGCUGCAGUUGACGCUAACUGCUCUAAAGAGGUGGAGAGGACUAUUAAAACCCAGUUCUACGUUGACGACUUCCUUGACAGCUUCGGUGAUGAACGCCAAGCAAUCAAUGUGGCCUCUAAGGUCAAGGAAGUUCUAGGGAAGGCUAACUUCAAUCUGCGUGGUUGGACCUCCAACAAACAAGGGGUUGUCGGUGCGGUGGGGGCAGUUAACAUGGGGCACGUGCCCCUCCAUCAAAAUGACACAAGGAUUCUUAGAUCAACGUGGAACACCAUCCAGGACUGUAUCACAUUCAGCACUACUACUGUAAGCAAGAUCAGCUUCACAAGAAGAGGAUUGCUGAGCAAACUGGCUGGACUUUUUGACCCUCAGGGUCUCAUUGCCCCUGUAACGGUUUCUGGGAAGAUCAAAAUGAAGGAGCUUGUGAUCCAGAACCUAGGUUGGGAUGACCCUGUAUCCGAGGAGACACGUCACUGGUGGUCUGACUGGGUCAGUGGGCUUCAAGACCUUUCUGCUAUCAUGUUCCCACGCUGCCUUUUCCCCCUUGGUCUGGAACACACUCAUAGGGAGCUCCAUAUAUUCUGCGACGCCUCAGAGCAGGCAUUUGCAGCUGUGGCUUAUCUGCGAAGUCAGGACGACGAGGGGAAUGUGGCUGUGCGGUUAGCCUAUUCAAAGACCAGGGUCUCUUCAAAAAGGCCCAAAACAAUUCCAAAGCUCGAGCUGCAGGGGGCUGUGCUCGGUGCCAGGUUGGCCAAAUAUCUGAUCCAAACGCUCAGAAUCAAGAUCCACUCCACUACCUAUUGGACAGACAGCCAGGUUGUUCAUGCGUGGAUCACCAACCUCGCUCAGACCUACAAGCCAUUUGUGGCCGUGCGUGUUGGAGAAAUCCAGACGUUGACCAAGGGUACCGAGUGGAGACAUGUCCCAGGGGCCGGAAACCCAGCGGACUUAGCCACGAGGGCCAGCCAAAGGCCCACCUUGCCAGGGUUGUGGCUCUCUGGCCCCCCAUUCCUCUUGCGCGGGGUCGACUGCUGGCCAGAGAGAAAAAAGAUUGAGGAGACGACUGAGGAGGUCAGAGCCAAGUUCGCCCAGACCCAUGCUGUUGAGGGGCCACAGGUUGGAAGUGGGGCCAAAACGCUCCAUGGGGCCGUAGAAGAAUUCAGGGUGGACCAACCAAAUGGCACACUUGAGGAGAUGAUUGUUCUUGCCCAGCUACAGAUGUUCCCAGAGGAGCUGCGGGCAUUAAACGGGGGGAGGGCCCUUUCAAAGUCGUCUAGACUCCUGGAACUGUCCCCAUUUUUGGACCCUGAGGGCCUACUCCGAGCCCGAGGGAGGUUGAGUCAAGCUCAGGUGGGUUACGACCAGAAGUUCCCGGUUGUCCUCCACCCUACGCACCCACUGACCAAGCUAAUUGUUCAAGACAAUCAACACAGACAUCACCAUCCUGGGGUCAAUCAUGGAUUGGGUCUCCUACGCCAGGAAUACUGGGUGCUACGAGGGCGAGAGGCCGUGAAGACGGCUCGCCGUGAGUGUGACCACUGCCAGAGAAUGACCGCCCAUCCAGCCACCCAAGAGAUGGCAGACCUCCCCCAGGAGCAACUUGCUUGUGACCAACCACCAUUCUACUUUGCUUCUGUGGACUUCUUUGGGCCCAUGGAGGUACUGGUGUCAAGAAACAAAAUUGAGAAGCGGUGGGGAUCAAUCUUCACCUGCAUGACGACCAGGGCGGUGGACAUAGAGGCCGCGCCAUCACUUUCGACCCCAGACUUCCUCAACGUCCUCCGAAACUUAGUAAGUCUGCGGGGCAAGCCCCACCAGAUCUACAGCGACAAUGGGACCAACUUUGUUGGGGCUGCAAACCUGUUGGCUGAACUACAGAGGAAGGAAGGUCCCGGUCCUACCUUCUUGGAUUCCAACAAAAUAGUUUGGAAGUUCCAGCCCCCAGGUGCCCCACACUGGGGUGGGGUGCACUAG